AGGAUGCGCGAGUACAAGGUGGUUGUGCUGGGCUCGGGCGGGGUGGGGAAGUCGGCGCUCACGGUGCAGUUCGUGACCGGCACGUUCAUCGAGAAGUACGAUCCCACCAUCGAGGACUUCUACCGCAAGGAGAUCGAGGUGGACGCGUCGCCUUCCGUGCUGGAGAUCCUGGACACGGCGGGGACCGAGCAGUUCGCCUCCAUGCGGGACCUCUACAUCAAGAACGGGCAGGGCUUCAUCCUGGUCUACAGCCUGGUCAACCAGCAGAGCUUCCAGGACAUCCGCCCCAUGCGCGACCAGAUCAUCCGCGUCAAGAGGUAUGAGAAGGUGCCUGUAAUUCUGGUUGGUAAUAAAGUGGACCUGGAAAGUGAGAGAGAAGUGUCAUCGAAUGAAGGCAGAGCCUUAGCUGAAGAGUGGGGCUGCCCUUUUAUGGAGACCUCUGCUAAAAGUAAAACGAUGGUGGAUGAGCUCUUCGCAGAAAUUGUUAGACAAAUGAACUAUGCAGCACAGCCAGACAAAGAUGAUCCAUGCUGUUCUGCAUGUAAUAUACAAUAGCAUUAAAAAUGACCUAACCUGGACUUAAAUUUGAAGAAAUUUUGUAAGGUGGUAAAACUGUCUACUUCACUUCCUGGUUUGUGGGUCACUUGAAAUACAUCUGUAGUGAAGUAGCAACAUUAACUCAGAGCUGAGCAUUGAAAGUCAAUCACUGACUCUGAAUAUAAUUGGGUUCAAUGACCACAUCUCACCCGUUUUUCCCUUUGAGUACCUGCAAUGUUACGGCAUAGCCAGUCGAUCUACAGGGUCGUUCCAUUUGAGCGUACGUGUUAUCAUGUCCAGCAGCAAUGACAGCAACUUUCUGCAAAGAAGUUGGAAAGCCUUGGAGGUGGGGAACUAGAGCGGUGAAGAGGAUGUCCUUGAAGACCAUUUGCAACUAGCAUAAGUGCAAAAGGAGAGCUAAGUCUGUGAGCAUUUAAUUGCUGUGCUUUGGGACGUGCGCUAUCACUUGUGGCCAAGUUUGUUCAACUGUGUUGAUUUCACCUGAACUUCUGACAGUGUUAGAGGAAGAGGUUACCAGAGACCUAUAUUGUUUGGAUUUUUUUCAAAAUUGAUGCUAUUAUUUCUACACUUUAUCCCACAUCUUGAAAUAGAGUACAUUGCAUCAGUGAGUGAAGCGAGAGGCAAGAUCUGCAAACAGGUGACAGGUGAAGAAACAGUAUGGCAUUGGAAUGUUUUCAAUCUUUCGUUUUGCUGCUCAAAAAUGGAGGAUCACUUCAGGUUUUGGUCUGCAAAAAGCCAAACAAACCCUCUGUUUACAAAGCAGGAAGCAUCUUUAUUUAUCACUUUACUGAACCAGGAGGAAGCAACUGUGAUGAAAAAAUUGCUGAGCCUUAUUAACAAGGAACACUUUAAUAGAUUAACUAGUACCAUCUUGUAAGGAAAAUUAAGCCAUGUUGCAUCCAUAUGUUCCCUUCUGCAGAAACCUCAUGGGACAGUAUGAACAUCCUGCAUCUUUAAGUUUGUUAAAGACAACAGUUUUUUCUUGCCUUUAAGGGCUACGUUCUCUGGUGGGAUCCCUAACUAACCUUCGAAAAUCAAGUUUGCUAUUUCAUAGCUUUAAUGACAAAAACUUAAAUUGGAUAACCAUGUAAAAUCAUUUGGUUCAGAGCUGAAAUAGUUACAGUUAUGAUUCCUUAAGUGAGUGUGGAAAUGGCUCUUUAAUUGCCUGAGACACACCAUUCAAAGAUUGCCCCAAUUAUUUGAGUGUUAAAUGGUGGGAGCAAAUAUUUUAUUUUGAAAGGAUGCUCGAGCUCUGGCUUGCUAGUUUCAUAGCAGUGAAGUAUUUAUCAUUUGCAUGACUAAUGGCACAAAAAUACCUAUUCUGAAGUCUUACAAUCAAAGUAGAGAGAAGUUUUCAAUCACAAUGUUUAGAUUUUACAUGCUGGAGAGACCGUCUUGAGCUGGAUCUCUUAUAGGUAAAAUUGGCCAUAAAAAUACAGAGUCACUGAGCCUGUGGUCUAAAUAACACCAUGCGUUCAUUAGUUUUUCAAUCUUGUGCAGUAACAGUGUAGUUCCUUGUGUUUAAAUGAGUGAAAACAGGGGUGCUGGGCUGUGUGUGUAUGUUGAGUGUGUAUGUGUGUGUGUAUAUGACCCUUAGAAAUGCUGUAAUUGGAGUUAGGUUCGAGAGUUUUGCCUUCAUCUGCAGAACUGCCUAAAAAUGCUCUCAUCUUCUACAAAGGAAACUUUGUACAGCACACUUAGCAGAUUUUCAUAUGCAUUCUUAACGUUUAAAUUGUAGUUCAGUGGAUGGUAAGCUAAGGAAAUCAUAUUAAUCGAAGAGAACGGACCAUCUCUGCCCUUAAUUUUUCAAAACCUUCCUACAACCAAUGGAUCGAAGGGCAUCAGAUGUCACGAAACAUCAUGCCUUACUCGAACGUUAAUACAGCCCUUCUUCCCAUCUACCUUUUGGAACUUUUGUUACUGUGCUUAGUUCUCCUUGAGAUAUUCACACCGUUUAUUUCUGGCAUCUGAAUGCCCACUUUGGGUGCUCUGAAUUGCCCUCCUAGAGGCACCUACCUCUUUCCAUUGACGAUAUAGCAAAGCUUAGGCUUUUAUCUUCGGUCCUCUGAGUCACUUCUAUGCCUAAACUAGAUGGUAUGAAUGUUCUC